CCCAAUUUUCUGGGUUUAUAAAAGUUGUCACUUGUCAGAAGGCGACCAUGAACAAAGAAGUCACUGCGCUGGUGAUCUAAAGUGUUCGGAUUCGCUCAUCUCUACCCCGUCUGUCCUUGCAGAUUUUCGCUUUCCACGGCAUUAUCAUGCGGAGAUACAGUCCACCAUACUAUAGUCCUCCAAGGAGGGGAUAUGGAGGCAGAUCAAGGAGCCCUCUGAGGAGGGGAUAUGGUGGUGGUGGUGGUGGCGGCAGCGGCGGUGGCAGGUAUGGGAGGCGCAAAGAGCAGAAUAGUGGGAGUCUCUUGGUCCGGAACAUUCCUCUUGAUUGCAGGCCAGAAGAACUUCGAAUUCCCUUUGAGAGAUUUGGACUCGUUAGGGAUGUGUAUAUGCCCAAGGACUAUUACACAGGGGAACCUCGAGGUUUUGCAUUUGUGCAGUUUGUGGAUUCUUAUGAUGCCAUGGAAGCUCAGCAUCGUAUGAAUGGACAAAUAUUUGCUGGAAGGGAAAUAACUGUGGUUGUUGCUGCAGAGACAAGGAAAAGACCGGAGGAGAUGCGCCAUAGAUCUAGGGCUCGAGGAGGCUAUGGAGGAGGGCGAUCGUCAUAUUAUGGGCGUCCUCGAUCUCGUUCAUUGUCCCGUUCACGUUCCCCACGUCGUCGGCCAAGUUCUAGAACUCGGUAUCGCUCAAGGUCGUACUCUCCUGCCCCGAGACGGCAGGGAGACUACUCUGUGUCCCCAAGUAGAAGGCAUGCAGACCACCCAAAAUCUCCUAGAGGUCCUCCGCAGGAGCAAGAUGGUGCUCACCAUCGCAGGUCAUACUCUCCAGGUUAUGGAAAUGGUGUGGAUGAAAUCCGAAAUGGCAAUGGUUAUGGCGAGAAAUCUAGGUAUGAUUCUGAGGAUGCACGUGCUCGAUGGAUAUCACCCGGUAGAGUAUCUAGGUCACCUUCAGGAUCCAGAUCUCGAUCUGGUUCCUGAAACGAAGAAAAGAGUACAAGGCAAUAUCAGUGGCAUGAUAGUGUGUGCUAGUUAUCAGUCUGGUAUUGAGCAAGUUUACUAGUUUUCUGUGAAAUUCCAAUGCUGUCGCUGUAUCCAGCUCCAGGAAGAAAUUUGGAUAAACAUCAUCCGUUUAAUUCGCCUUCAAUACUCUUGAGUUUGUUGGUCAAACGAUAUGGCUUUCACAUAUUUACUAUGGCGUUAGAUAAUCAGAAUUCAGAACUCCAAAACCAUGGGUAUAAGUUGGAAAUGUAUUGCUUUUCAGUCUGGUCCUUCAUAUUUCUCAUUCAGAAAUUCAAUGAUAAAACUGUUUUGUUUGCCUAAUAUGUUCUGUAUCAUG